GAGGUGUGGUAUCAUAACCUCUUUCUGCUAUUUCUUUUGUGGUUUCUCAUAUUUCAAUUACAAGUCAGUAUAACUCUGUGAUAAAUGAUAACUGAUAAAAUGUUAAAAUUGUGAUGGUGGUGGUAGUGGCCAUGAAAGGUGACAAUCAUUAUGGAUAACUGGACUACUGUAUUUAUUACAAGUUUGCGGUAUUGACAUCAAAAUGACAUUUCUAUGUUGAUGCACCAAAAUAAACCGCAGGAAAACAACUCUACAAUGAUUUUUAAAUCGUUGUUUGUCUGCGGAAUACUUCCAGUCUCAUUAAGUGACUAGUAAAAUACUGACGUUUUACCAACUGUCAUUUAAAAUGCAAAAUCAUUCAAAAUUUUAAAUAUCUCUCAUAUUAAUUACAAGAUUCGACAAUGGAGGAUUACACUCCGGUCGAUGAGGACUUUCCUGGACGAUUGUUGCAUCAGGCUGCACUUUGGGACAAUGCAGAACUUCUCGAGGACCUUUUGGGUGGUGAACACAAUCAGUACAUAAAUAGUCAGGAUUCAUGGGGACGAACGGCUCUUCAUGCGGCGGCAAUAACGGAAAAUUCACGAUGUCUUGAAGUUCUAUUGUCAGCCGGUGCUAAUCCAAAUAUUGCCUGCGGUCCACGAGGUCAGUAUCGUACACCACUGCAUAUUAGCGCGGAAUAUGGUCACGUAUCGAAUGUCGAGAAGCUUCUCGAGUUCAAAGUUGAUCUCGGUGUUUGUGACAAGAAUGGAUAUUCACCAUUGGACGUUUCCGACAAAAAGGAACACACAAAAUGUUCCGCAUUAUUGAAGCAAGCCGAGGAGAAAUAUGAACUCGAACGAUUAGCAUCUCACGCAACAUUGAGAGCAGUUUGCGUGCAAGGCGAUGUGACAGCAGCGCGAAAUAUCAUUCAAGGUUUAGCAAAUGAUUUGGAAAUUAUUAUCAACAUGGCGCCAAAUGGAGCGAAUACUUUGCUUUUUAUUGCUUGUGAAAUGGGACAGAGGGAAAUUGUUCGUUUACUAUUGGAGAAUGGUGCUGAUUGUAGAAUUCAUUCGGUGACAAAAUACUGUCCAUUGUACAUUGCUUGUUACAAUGGUAAAUUAGAAAUAAUUGAAAUUCUUCUUCGUCACUUUCCCAAACAAAUUCAGUCAUUAACUGUCGAGAAGAGGCUACCGAUUCAUGCAGCUGUGAUAAAUGGUCAUCACGCCGUCUUUGAUCUUCUGCUCAAAUUCGAAUAUCCUCAGAAUUUAUUUCAACGAUUUAAGGAUCCAUCAGGGGAAUUUGAAUAUGAGAUGGCGUUCGAUAUUAAUACACAAGAUGUUACGGGUCAAAAUAUUCUUUAUAUUUCUAGUAUGUCGGGUAAUUUUAGAAUAGUUGAAAAUUUAUUGAAUUAUAAGGUGAAGGCGAGGAAGAUAAAGGAGGAAGAGGCGGGAAGUGCAACACCAGUGCCGAUGUCGAAGAGAAGAAUAUCGAGUGGUAUUCAGAGAUUAAUGUCGAGCUUAAAUUUUAGGAAUAAAUCGUCCGAGAAGAAGGAUGAUUGUAUUUGUCCUUUGUAUUUAGAUUUGUAUUGUAAUAAUAAUACGGAAACGGCUUUACAUGUUUCUGUAAAGGGUCGUCAUUUGGACGUUGUGUCGGCUUUGUUGAUCGCUGGAGCAAAUGCGAAUUUACCGGUGAAAAUUCUGUAUGAUCAGUUGGAUCCCGAGUCGAGUUUUUCGACAGUAUUGGCGAUUGCUUGCGAGAAUCGGGACGUGAAGAUUGUGGAUCUUUUGUUGAAACACGGAGCGGUUGAUAAUGAGUGUAAGGCUUUGAAAAUUGCGGCACAAAAUCGGGACGAAACACUGACUGCAAAGUUACUUUCGAUAAAAGCUUUUCCCGACUCGGAGUAUAAGAUUAAUAAGAAGGCGAUGACUGACAGUACGCAAUCGUCGCAUUUUUCGGCUUUGUCUAGUUUCGGUAAUGUUACUUAUUCGACUUUGUUUCCGAACGUUCCUACUAUGAUUAAUUGGCACAAUCAACAGUGUCGCUUGUCGCAAAUUAGGUCCCAGUGGUUUGUCGAUGCGGUGCUACACGUUAAUAAGAAGCUCAGUGCGAAAAAUAACGAUCUUGUGCUUUAUGCCAUCACGAGGAUUGACAUAUCCCAUAAUUCUAUUACGUCCGUUCCGUCCAUGGUUUUCUAUUUGCAAAGUUUGAAAUAUCUGAAUAUGGCUCGUAAUAAGAUCGAUACACUAACAGCGGAGUCGAAAAAUCCGAAAGAUAAACUCUGUCCGGUUAUGGAAGAAUUGUAUUUACAGGACAAUCGAUUGGAGCAAUUACCCGAGUUUUUGAUGAAUUUUCCAAGUCUCGAAAUUCUUGACGUCUCGAAUAAUAAACUGCAGUGCUUGCCGAAUAAUCUUUGGCGAGCGCCGAAAUUAAAAGAAUUGAAUGCAUCUUUCAAUCUACUGCGCGAUUUGCCGAGCGAAGUAUUUCAGAAUAUCGAUAAAAAAUUCGAUCGCGACGAUGCGAUUGGACACAGUCCAAGUUUCCGAAAUUUAGUCUCACAGAUUGAAUUUUCACGUGAGAAUUCCGCCGAUUCGAUGGACUCGUUUUCGAAAAUUGCCAAUGCGAGAAUUAUUGAAAUUGAACGUCCGCACGUUUGGACGAAAUCGGUGCAGGUUUCGGAGAAAAUCACUGACGAUCACACGGAACCAGGGAUUAGAUCCGUCUUGUCGUCGUUGAAUCUAGCGCACAAUUUGUUCAACAGUAUUCCUGUGGCUCUGCCCUGUUUGGCCGUGAGUUUAGUGAGACUGAACAUGGCUUACAAUUCCCUUCGAUCAAUGAGUCACAUCACGUCAUAUCCGGCGAGUUUGAAGCAAUUGGAUUUGUCGAAUAAUCAGAUAUCCUGCUGGCCAAGUUUGCCACAAGUUGACGCCGAUGCCGAUUCUAUGGAGCAAGCCACCACUGCCUGUUAUUGUCCCACGACGAAUAUUCAAUCGCCGAUUGGUCCCAGUAAUCGACAGACGGCAACUUCACUACGUGACGUCGUUUUGAUGUCGGUUUGCACCCACAGACGCCACUUGCGUUUAGAGAGCCUUCGGACUUUAGUGUUGGCUAAUAAUUUACUCACCCGAAUACAGUUGACUUCAGUCGAUGACGGUGAGAUGAUUGGCAAUGACGAGGAGAAUAGCGACAAGUCCUCACACAAGUCCUCCUCCUCCUCCUAUCCCAAUUCGAAAUUGUACCUUCUUUUUCCGAAUGUCAGCAUGUUGGAUGUGAGUAACAAUCACUUGAAAGACAUUCCGCACAAUAUUUACGAACUCAGUAAUCUUUCCGUUCUGAAUGUAAGUGGAAAUGUCGACAUUGUGGAACUACCGCCUCAAAUGGGUCUUCUUUCCCGAUUGUGGAAUUUGAACACUCAGGGUUGUAAAUUACAAGAGCCCCUGAAGACUAUGAUCGAGUCGAAGAAGUACAAAACUAUGGACGUUAUUGGAUAUCUAAAAUCGGUUCUAGAGGAUGCAAAGCCUUAUGCGAGGAUGAAAUUGAUGAUUGUUGGUAUUCAAGGUAUUGGAAAGACGAGUUUGCUGGAGCAAUUGAGACAGGAGGGAGAGGUGCCGAAUAAGAAGAAAUCGGCCGAUCAUUGGGCGAAACGAAUGGGGAAUAAAAAUAUCAAUGCGAAGACAGCUCGUGGGACGAUUAUAUCGACGGUUGGUGUCGACAUCGGCGACUGGAUGUACGAAAAAAAAGUCCGUGGUCAAUCAUCUCACGGAGGUGUAUAUUUUCGAACCUGGGACUUUGGGGGACAGAAGGAAUACUAUGCGACACAUCAGUACUUUCUGUCGAAACGGAGUCUUUAUUUGGUUGUUUGGAAGAUUACCGAUGGUUUUAAGGGCGUUGCGGAGAUUUUCCAGUGGCUAGUGAAUAUACAAAGUAGGGCACCGAAUUCACCGGUGAUUAUUGUGGGAACUCACUAUGACAUAUCGAAUGAGCAGAGUGAAGUACUGCAACAACAUAUUAGGGACAAGUUCAUAAACGUCGUGGACGCCGAGAAAUGCGGACUACCUAGAGUUAUGGAGACAAUUGAAGUCAGUUGCAAGACGAGGCACAAUAUCAAAAUGCUCUGUAAUUUGAUUUAUGACGUUGUCUUUAGUCUCAGGUCACCUGGGAGUAAGGAAUUGCUUCUCGAGCAACGAGUUCCGGCGAGUUAUCUAGCACUUGAAGAAGUUGUCGUUCAACUAGCUCACGAUCGUCGACUGUCGGGUGCUGAUCCUGUACUUCGUGCCGAUCAAUACUACGCAACGGUGCAAAGUGAAUUGACAAAAUUACGCCGAUCGUUUCGCGAUCCUGCCGAACUACAUCAGGCUACUUUGUUCCUGCACGAGAAUGGAAUUAUUCUCCACUAUGAUGACGCGACACUUAAGGACCUUUACUUUCUGGAUCCUCAAUGGCUCUGUGAUAUGCUGGCGCAUGUCGUUACUAUCAGGGAAAUAAAUCCAUUCGCUCGCUCGGGAAUCAUGAAACUAGACGACAUUCAACACGUUUUUAAAUCGUCGACAAUCUCAUCGGUGGACACACAAGGAUACAUCGUGAGUCUCCUGAAUAAAUUUGAAGUCGCUCUCACUUGGGACUAUCGGACACUACUUAUACCCUCCCUUUUACCAUCGGAAGAGGACAUUUUGCGGAACAAUCAAAUUAUCAAAAUCCCGGUGAAAACUCGUGGCUGGCACACGAGAUCGAAGAAAAUUAUUACUUCGCCACUAUUUCCGUUUCCAAAUUCGUCGAGUACAGAGAAGGCGAAUUUGGAGUGUUCGUACUUGACGUCGAGACCACAGCCGGAUUGUUCGAUAACGAGACUUCUUUUGAUGUCCUAUUUCCCGAGUGGAUUUUGGUCACGGUUGAUAACGAGAAUUUUAGCCGACGAUGCAAUUGUCGAUGUUGUCAUGUCGUUUUUAACACCAUUCAAGGAUGCGGUUGACGAGAAGAUCUUCGCCUCCAUGCUCGACACACACGCCGAAUGGAUUCUGUGGCAAACUGGAAUUGAACUUCGUUACGCGGGAGUUGUUCUUCUCCGACUAAAGGAAGUGAAUUACAAUCUGAAAAAUUCGCCGUACGAUUACAGACAGUAUAAGUUUAAGCUCAAGCAGGAUGGAAUUUGGUGCACGGUCGAUUUGAAGAAUAGUGCGAUUCUUGAAAUUUGGUUCCCGGUGGAUACACUCGUGGUGAAGCAGCCGAUAAUUACCGAAGUGUCCGAGGACGAGCCUAUUGGAUAUCAAGCGAUUGUUGUCGAUCCACAACCGGAGAGUAUGCCACAAUUACUGGCUUUGAUUGUCGAUCAUAUAGACAUUCUUUUGGAGGAUUGGUAUCCAACAUUGGGAACUAGAUUCGUUCAUACUUCGGAGGGAAAAUUGUUGGUUACUCGAUUGAUUCCGUGUCCUAGAUGCUUGCUGAAUAAUGGUGACAAUGACGAGGAUCAGGAUAAUGAGGAGAUACAGAGUUACUAUCAAAAUCGGGAGAGACAGAGUCAGGAUAGUUAUAAAUCGGAUGGUGACAGUGGGGUUGGGCAGGAUGACGGUUCAACCUCGAGUCGAAUGCCAUCGUUAGAGGGGAAUCCGGACGUGAAACACUUUCUCAAUUCGGAGGGAACACUUGUGUAUUCCUGGAUGGUGGAGGAGUGUAUUUUGUCUGCGUAUAGUAAUAAAACUAUUAGUUGCCCGAAACAUUCGGAUAUUCCCCUGUCCCACAUUGCGCCGGAUAUUAUUUUCAUGGAUCUUGGCUCUAGGCACUUGAUAAAGUCGGAUGAUAUCAAACGGGGGAAAAUGUUGGGACGGGGAGCGUUUGGUUUUGUGUUUCGUGGUAUUUGUCGUCUGCCUGGGACUAACAGUCGAGCGGAUGUUGCCAUGAAGAUGUUGCAACCGGUUCCACCGGGGCCGAAUUCGAAGCAGUCGGCGAUAUUGGCUUUUAAGGCCGCGCAGAGUAAGUGGGAUCGUGAUCCUCUGCAGUACGCUUGCAAGGCUUAUUGUACAGCGAGGCAGGAAUUGAAUAUUCUCUUGACGUUGAGACACGCGAAUAUUGUUCCCCUUGUGGGGAUUGUGAUAAGUCCUUUGGCGCUUGUUCUCGACUUGGCACCCGAGGGGGCUUUGGAUAACGUUUUGAAGAAUUAUCGAAGAUCGGGGGCUAAAUUGGAGCCGUAUACACUGCAGGCGAUUAUUCUCCAGGUGGCGAAGGCUGUGGAGUAUCUUCAUCAGCAGCACGUUAUCUAUAGGGACUUGAAGUCGGAGAAUGUUCUCGUUUGGCAGAUACCUUUACCGUUUCAAGACCAUCCGGACCAUCCGGUUCAUGUCAAAGUCGCUGACUAUGGAAUUUCAAGGCAGACUUUGCCAUCGGGUGCUAAGGGUUUUGGAGGAACGGAAGGCUUCAUGGCGCCGGAGAUAAUAAAGUACAAUGGCGAGGAAGAGUACACGGAGAAGGUGGAUUCGUUUUCGUUCGGUAUGUUCAUCUAUGAAUUGAUAACACUGAGGCAGCCAUUCGAGGGCCAUGAGGCUGUCAAGGAGUGCAUUCUCGAAGGAGGCAGACCGCCCCUAACCUACAGAGAUUUGCACCAUCCAUGUUAUGCUCUAGAUUUGAUGGUUAUUUGCUGGUCGCAAAAUCCUAAGGAUCGACCCACAGCGAGCCAAAUUGUGUCCAUAGCAUCAGCGCCCGAAUUUGUGCACCUAAUAGACGUGACCCUACUGACGGAGAAAUCGAGAGUAACAGCAAUUACUAUGUCAUCCAGAAAUCUCGAGGAGAACACCACUGGGGACGAAAUUUGGCUCGGGCACAACAAUGGCGAAAUCGACGUUCUUCUAGGAACCCAAAAAGGUUGGUUACAACAUGUCCGGAUAAACACACCAGUAAUACCCUUCGCAAUGUGCGAAAUUGACGGUUACAUCUGGAUUGGCGACAAUGCCGGUCAAAUACACGUCUACCUUGGAACAAAUUUCGCCUGCGUUGCCAGUUACCACCUGGACGAUGGCAAUAGUACUUCGAAAAUUGUCGGUCUAACCUAUCUAGAGCAUUUGAAGCAGUUCGCCAUCGCCUUGUGCAGUGGGAAAUUAUUUUUAGUAUCCAACUCCUUUACCCAAAUAAAGAAGAGUGAAAUUGUCGGCGAAUCGAAGGAUGAUGUGAAAACAUAUUCCCUCGCCAUUGUCUGUAAGAAACGACGUAUCGUGGAAUUGUGGUUAGGCCAAAGUUUCGGUAGAAUCAGUGUCUAUGUUCUAAAGGAUGGGAAUUUGAUCGACACUGUUGAAAUGACACACGGCGUUGGCGAUAGUGGCGACAAGAAUUUAUUCGCCACUUAUCUACUGAGCGCUGAGAAUUCAAUUCUAUCAUACACCUGUCCAGGUUGUGUUGUCUAUCAAUGGGACACGGAGGGUAAACAGAUUGUGAAUAAACUGGACAUGUCGAAAUUGGUGCCUUGCUCGGAAAGUUUGAAAUCGAUUUCAAUUGAGGAGAAUCUCACUUCGGAUAAAUGUCAAGUGACGAGUAUUGAGUCGUGUAUGAAUCAGCUUUACAUUGGAACAACGUGGGGAUGUAUUGCGGUUGCUGAAUGCAAUUCAUUGAGACCGAUUACCGUUUUUCGACCAUUUGAAAGUGAGGUGUGUCAAAUUGUUUCAUUUAAAUCGACGAAUAAGAAGAGAAUGAUCUUGGUGACUGUUGGACGUGGUUAUCGGAGUUUAAUCACGAGGUACACGGAUUCGCCGAUAGAUAGUUUAGAAGCGGAGGAUUUAAAGCAUAAUAUGUAUACUCUUCUCUGGAGAUCGGAACACUGGUCAGCUGCCUGAGUCUUGCCCGUCUUGCACAAGUAAAUUUUAUUUAUUUAUUUUUUU